CGUUCCAGUCGAGUGGAACAAACAGCGGAGACGGAGCGGCACGCCGCGUUAGAUCACCACGCACACACACACACAUAUAUAUUUAUAUAUAUACACACGCACGCGCGCGCACGUAAACAACAGACCGUGGAAUCGCUCACGUUGUUUUUUAUUAUUUAAAAAAUAUUUUUUUUGUGAGAAAACAGCCCCGAGCCGCGGCGCAAGAAGUCACCGUCUGCAGCCGGGAGGCUUUGAGGAAACGACAAAAGCCAGUCAUCAUGUGAAAGAACUUAUGUGGGGAAAAAAGAAAGGGCUGGAAUACGAGCGGAAUAGAAAGUAAAAGGGCGUGAGCGGAAUGUCCGUGGAUGAGAAGCCUGAAGCCCCCAUGUAUGUGUAUGAGUCGACGGUUCAUUGUACCAAUAUCCUACUCUGCCUCAACGACCAGCGGAAGCAGGAUAUCCUGUGCGAUGUGACUGUCCUGGUGGAGGGCAAGGAGUUCCGAGGGCACCGGGCCGUGCUGGCUGCCUGCAGCGAGUAUUUCCUCCAGGCCCUGGUGGGCCAGGCAGAGAAUGGCUUGGUCGUUAGCCUUCCUGAAGAGGUCACUGCCAGGGGAUUCGCCCCAUUGUUGCAGUUUGCCUACACUGCUAAGCUGUUACUCAGCAGAGAAAACAUCCAGGAGGUCAUCCGCUGUGCUGAAUUCCUGCGCAUGCACAACCUUGAGGACUCAUGCUUUCGCUUCCUGGAAGCUCAGCUGCGUAGUGAGGAGGACAGCGUGCUGCUUUGCCACAAGGUGGUGACAGAGGCAAACAACUCAGAGGAUGAGAGUAUGCAGUCAGAGGUAGAAAGGCCCUCAUCCCCCAGGGCACGGCAUUGUGCAGAUGCCUUCACCUCCUUUCGAUGCCCUGAUGAUGAUCGGCUAGCAAUGGCAAUGCCCAGUAACUUCACAGAUGGCCGGCUCGACUUUGAUCGACACGGAGCGUCAGACCUGCCGCGAUGCCCCAAGUACAGGAAAUACCAGUGGGCUUGCAACAAGCACAAUAAUGACACCUCCUCAAAUACCAGUACCUCAGGUUUUCCAAGCACAUUAAAGGAGAGCGUUGUUAGUGGGGCAGUGCCAGGUCAGGGUAGGCUGCCUUUGGCACAGAUCAAAGUUGAACCACAGGCAGACGAAGAGGCCAUUUCAUUGUGCCUGUCAGGGGAUGAGCAGGAUGUCAGGGAUAAGGACAGCGUGACAGCCAUGGAAAUGGAUAACCCCAUAUCUGUGGAAAGAACCAAGAGAACCAAGUCCCCUACCUGUCUCCGAACCUUAUUCAAGAAAGGGGUGGACCUCCCCAGUCUGCCCAACACAUCACAGCAGCUAUUCGCUAACAGACUUGUCUGCACCCAGGACAAAGGAAACUCUCAGGGAGAUCAUAAAAAAGACUUCAGGCCUUUCACUGGGGAGCAGGGUCAGUCUGUUUCAUCCCCAAAGGAGGUGGAUGCUUACCCUGCAGGGCUGUCCCUCAAAUCUGCUUCCUGUGAUGGAGUCUGCAAACAGGAAGUUGAGAUAGACCGGCGUAGUGUCAUAUUUUCUUCAGGGGCCUGCAACCGUCUGGGAACGCCAGCGCAUUCCUACCCUGGUGGGAACUCUUUGGAGAUGGAGCUUUCUGAGCACAUGACAAAGGGUCUAUGGGCUGGAGCUAGUCAGUCCCUCCCCACCUCCCAGACCUAUUCUCCCAGCACCACUUCCUCUGAGCCUUCAGUCCUGUGCCGCCCACGGCCCAACACCAGCUGCCCAGUGCCAAUCAAAGUAUGCCCACGCUCACCGCCUUGUGAGACACGCACCAGGACUUCCAGCUCCUGCUCCUCGUACUCCUAUGCGGAGGACGGCAGCGGAGGCUCUCCCUGCAGCUUGCCCCAGUUUGAGUUCUCCUCAUCACCAUGCUCCAACGUGGCACGCUGCCUCAAUGUGGACCAGCAAGAGCAAAGUGUGGGAGGGGAUGCCCUUUUUAACCAGGUGCGGCCCAAGAUCAAAUGUGAGCAGUCCUAUGGCACCAACUCCAGCGAUGAGUCAGGCUCUUUCUCAGAGGGAGACAGCGAGUCUUGCAAUGUGCAGGACCGAGGGCCAGAGGUGAAGCUUCCUUUCCCCGUAGAUCAAAUCACGAAUCUUCCACGGAACGACUUCCAAAUGUUGGUGAAAAUGCACAAACUGACUUCGGAGCAGCUCGAGUUCAUCCACGACGUAAGGAGGCGGAGUAAGAACCGCAUCGCGGCGCAGCGCUGCCGAAAGAGGAAACUCGACUGUAUCCUGAAUCUGGAGUGUGAGAUCAGAAAACUGGUGUGUGAGAAGGAGAAGUUGCUGACGGAGAGAAACCAGUUGAAGGCGUGUAUGGGUGAGCUGUGGGAGAACUUCUCCUGCCUGUCGCAGGAGGUGUGCAGGGACGUCCAGCUGAGCCCCGAGCAGGUCCAGUCUUUACACCACUACUGCCCCGUGCUGCGGCCAGCCAACUCAACUGCCAGCAACAACGCUGCCCACAAUCCCAGCAAGCCAGCCCACAGCGCCUCCACCGCCGCCACCAGCAUCGACCUCACCGCCCACUCCAGCUCUCCCACGCCGGAGCCCAGCUUUCACGGCUCGCCUGGCCCCUCGGAGAGCGAGCCCGACUCGGCCGUCAGAAACGGCGCAGACAAAGAUGGAGAUGCCCAAGAUGCUAGCUCGUACGCACAGUCGGGGCUGUCUGUGGAAAAUUCCAGCCAGACGGUAACGGUGGAUUUUUGCCAGGAAAUGACUGACAAAUGUACAACUGACGAGCAGCCAAGGAAGGACUGUACUAAGUAGUGGUUAUUCUCUGUGUCAUUGUUUUGGAUGUUUUUUUAUUAUUUAAUUUUACUCUUCUGACAAACCCUUUCUCGGGGUUGUUGAGAUGGUCAGCCUCCGCCAGUGUUCACUGAAAAAAAACAAGCUUUGUUUGUAUUUAUGUCUUUUUGUGCUGUCUUGUUUUUGAACAGUUGACACUAAAGUUGUCUUAACAGCAGCAAUACUGUUCUCCAGGUAUUCUCCUCUUACCAUGACAGAGUGGGAACUUCUCACCAAACCCUUACGACGGUGCUAUACUUCCCCCGGCAGCAACCUCUACAGUGGAGACUCUGUCCUUCAUAUGUCUCACAUCAGUCAAAGCAAAACCUCAUCGGACCUAUACAGCAGCUCAUUUUGUCCUUCUGUGUACCAACAGUAUCUCUGUUCUUGCCUUUCUCUUUCUAUUUUUUCCCCUCUUCUCUUUUCCCACUCUGUCUCUAUCAAUCUCUUCUACCUCUUUCUGUCUCACUCUGUCUUUCUUUCUUUCCGCCUUUCUUUCUCUCUGUGUGUUCCUUUUCUCGUUAUAUCUCAGUGGCCCUUUUUGUCACAGCAAUUCAAACUCAGGAAGUUAAAAAAAUAAAUAAAUAAAAUCCUCUGAAUGUUCAACCGAAUUCAUGAAAAAUGACAAAACAGCUUCUGUACGCAAGGAAGUUAAUGAUGCAGUGAGACUGUAAAAUGUUCAUAUGCAAAAAUGUCUUCAAGCGUCUCGCAUUUGUAUUUCUGUACAGGAGAAUUUUGUACAGGCUGUAACCGAAAACAUUCCUCUUAUGCCUUCCACCACACUGAAUCGAAAAGGAAAAAAAAGGCUUUUUUGCAGUUCAAAGGCUAGUUUUUAUUUUCCCACACAUCAGCAAUACCAUUGUAUUUGGAUGUUGUAACAGUGACUUUCAAGUACUUGUUUGGCAUAAGUGUAUAUAGCCUAGUAUGGAGCAUGAUGACUGUAACAGUGAUUUUGUACAGGUAGAGGCAUAGAUGUUUCUUUUUCACCGGGGUUAUAUCAAGCACCUUUUUGCUAAGGGAAAAUCUUUGCUUUGCUGUUUCCUGUCCUGCCUAACGAAUGCUUCCCAUCAUGGUGGGUGUUCUUAAACUCAGGAAAUCAGCUCAACACACAUGUAGACACUCACACGCGCACACAGUACAUACAGACACACGUGGCUACACACAAUGUAAAAUUUUGAGCCCCUUGCACGUAUUAAAGAUAGACAUACAUGUUUUUAAAUGCGUUGGCUCAGGCCAGCUCCUCUACACCUUCAACUCCUCUGAAAAUUUGAAAGAAAAAAAACAUUUCUUUCUCGGUUAUUCCUUUAAUUUAAGAGUAAAACUUAUUUAGCGAUGCUAAUUGUGUACACUCAUGGACAUGCUUUGAGUUUCUUCAGUGAUGUUGUCAUUUGACGUUCGUAGACGGUAAAAAGUUUUUUUUUUUUUUCCAAAUAGAUCCCAAAUAAAAUAUAAAAAUUGACAAAAUUUAAGAAAAGGAAUAGAAUAAAAUUAAAGAAAGGAAACUCAAUUCAGGCAUAUUGUUUCCUGCCCCAGACGCUCAGAGCAUUUAAGCACUUCAAGGGUUUUUGACUUUGCAGUAGACCCAAUAAAAGUCUGAGAAUGGAGCACUUAAAUUGGCACUUAAGCAGGAAGCAUUUUGCUGGAAAGAUUAUAUGAUUAUGUAAUCAAAACAAAAUAUGUCUAUGAAGAGUCUGAAACCUUAAUGGAAAGGAAAAGGAAGCUAACGUUUUAAUAUAUGAGUGUUCACACCCUGUAUUUCUUUAGGAAUUGAAUAAGCUAAUUCAGAAUUCAUUCGAUGUGAAAGCAGUGUAUGUGUUGUCCAAACGAUUGAGUAACAAUCAUAUAAGAUAGUACCAUGUUUGCCCUGCAUUUGUGCAUUCGUUUGAGCAUCCUACUUUGUGAUGUGCAUGCUGCCUAUAUCUAUAAGCCUAGUUAGUUGGUCUAGCUUUUGUUUUGCCUUGUAAUUUCUCUCUGGAGGAGUCUGCUUUCAAUUUUUUUUUUAAAUUGUUAUUAUUAUAAUUUUUUUUUCAUUUCUGUGUACAAAGAAGCUGAAUCGAGGUCAACCUUCAACUAGAGGCAGGCUGUGAAAUGCAAACUGGCCACGCUCUAGCUCAAAAGGUUGAAUUCAGCUGGAAUGUAAAGUUGUUUCCCACUCUUUAAAGCCCCAAUCCAAUAUGGUGCUUACUGUUACACAACAGAGCUAAAGCUAACGCUACAUCAUAAUGUCUCUCACAGAUUUACAUAGCAGCUCCAGUAUCUCAGUACCUCAGCUGAUUCCAUCAAUUGAUUUGCUAAGUGCAAAAGUGACGGCAGUCUUGUGGCAGCGCAAGUGAACAUUAAUGUGAAUAUUUGCUUGUUGUUCAAUUUUAACUCAAAAUUAGUUUGUUAAAAUCAAACAACUUGAAUAUAUGAACUAAUCUUCAGGGAGAAUGAUGGGUAUAUUUUGCAAUUUUGUACCCUGAACCAUUCAUUGAAUAUCAAAGAAAAUACCAGGAAAACAAUGAUGAAGAUUCAAAUUGAAUUAUUGAACAAUCAGUGUGAUCAUUUUAUGGACAGGUUAAUCUAGGGUUGGGGCUUUAAAGUUUGGAUGACAUUUUGUUUUUCAUUCUGUUUUUUUUUCUCCCCUUUUACUGAUGUAAAUUUUAGAUGUAGUUUAAAAUAGCAGUCUCACGCGUGAGACUGUUUCUGUGGACAGAGAAAACUCUUGUGUAUUUUAUGAUCCCGUCUUUAAAUUAUUAAAAGACUGGUCCCUAUUUUGUAGAGUACACAGACCCAUACAAGACACACACACACACAUCCACAUACAUGUGCAUUCAUAUAACACACGCACAGAACAUACAUGUUGGCACAGCCUGAUUGCGGAGCAGUAGUGAUUCUUUGUUGACUGAUGUGGUUUCUUGUGUUUGUUGAGCUCUGUUUUUUUUGUUUUUUUUUUAAUCCCCCCCACACAUUUGUGCUCUUUUCGUUCUUGUACACAUAUUUACUGAAGCAGAACAGUAUUUACCCCAUGCUGACAUUCUACCGGGUUCAUGCCAGAAAACUAGAGUGGGUCAAUCUACUUUAAAAAAAAAAAAAAAAAAAAAAAAAAAAAAUCUUCUGCAAACAUUAUGCAACUCUUUUUCUUAUCAUUUUCAUUUGCUUGUCCUUCAACUGAAGAAGCCUGAUGUUGCGCUGGAGAGCAUGGACUCAUUCUAUUGGGAAAGGACACACUCAUUAAGUUUAUUUUGUACAUUUUUAUAACAAAAGGCCCUUGGUCUCACCUGAGGUUUUCACAUAAUACUAAACUGCUCUAAGAAUUCUUGUAUUACCUACUGUUUGUUGCUAAUUCAUCUCAAGUACCUCCGACAUUCCCACUGAGCAAAAAAGGAAGGUCCAGAAAGAUUUGUGUCCAAACCUCUAUGCCCUUUGAUUCUUGUUGCAUGCUCCUUUGACCCUCUUUGGUCAAAUUACAACAACAGGCAUCCUCAGUUCCAGUGGUGAGAAGCGUCUUUAAUGACAUCAUAAUACAGUGUAAUUUACAUGCAGACUGUCAUCUACUGUUAUUUUAACUGAGCUACUUCACAAACAGUGUCUAAUUUCUUGUGGUGUUGGCCUAUACAGAUAGUUUUGGUUUCAUUCUGGGCAUAUGCCUACACUCCGAAUUAAUGAUGAACAUUAGUUUGAGACGUUCCCAUAAAUGGAAAAAAGGAACACUUAGUAGCAGCAAUUUGUUUUAGUAACAACGCUCCAAAAAAGAAAAAGAAAACAAGAAAAAAAAUCCCAUAUUACAGUGGUGACAGAAAUCUCAACCACUAAGGUGUCAAAACCAAAGCUUUCUGCUUGGCCAAAUACCAGUGAUAGUGAGAAAAUGUAUUUUAUUGUCAUUUGGGUGAACUAUCGAUUUAGUGUCUCAGGGUGCCAAGCAUUUACAUUUGGUCUUUGUAUCACUCUAGAGCAAACUAUACUUUAUUUCAUUCAGUUUUUGUUUUACUUUUCUGUUUCUGACUCUGUUCAAAAAGGUAAACAAUGCCUUCUUGAGAAAGAACUGUUGUAUCAUUUAAAGCAGCAUUCGUUGAUUUUCUAUGGGCGUCAGAGUGAAGAUCAAGCUGUCCACAUAAUGUUGGCAUACUAUCAUCUCAUAUUUUUCGAAAGCAAACGUGUCGCCAGCAAAAAUAAAACACAUAUAAGUUGUGUUAGUGUCCACCUGAUGAAUGCAGGUUCAACAGUCACUAUCUUUUAGCUCUGUUUUUGGUCUCCACCAACUCGUGCUAAUAGCUCUUCAGCUGCUAAAUGCUACCCAGCUAGUAGCUGUUGUAGUAUUUCAGUCUGGGCAUGUAGCAUAAAUGGGUUUAUCAGUACUUCAGUAAAAAACAAGUACGUUUCCAGGUUAUAAAACCAAAACAGCAGGCUAAAAGAGGCUGAAAAGCUACGCCGAGCAAAGGUUGCUGACUCACUGCUAAUUUCAUCUUCAUCACAGUUAUGCAACUCAUCGUAUCGAUUAAUGCAGCUUCAAAAUGAUUUUAACCUUAGAAAACACCUGAAAUUUAUUCAAGAAUUGGACAUUUCGAUCUCAUGAUGAAUCCUCCAGGUUACUUGGUGCACUUCUUUGUUUAUGGCCAUUACAGAGGUUUGAUUUAUGUGAACAACUUUGCUGUUGUUGUAGCUCUGUAACUGAAUGCUCCUACAAUAUUUUUUUUUCUUUUUUUUUUUGGUGUGUAUUUGGCUUGUUCAGUUAAACACUUUUUGUCGCUGCUUAUCUGAAACAAACACUGGCUUUUCAACUCCAAAGGUUGUUCUAUGGAAGAAUACGAACAAAAACAUGCCUUUUCUCACAGUUGCUCAACUUUAUUGAAAAAAAAAAAAAAAAAAAAAGAAUCUGGUAUCCUGGUUGAAUGCACAGACUGCGAUCACUGAGUAAAAUAUAAAAAUGGAAUAUGUUUACAAAUAGGUGUCAUGUCAUGUUUGAUCAAUUCUUGCAAUGUAAAAAUGGCUCGGUUCAAUUGGACUGGUUCUUGGUGUUGUGUAAGAGACAAAGGAUGAGUUUCCUCGCCUUGUCUUUAAUCCACUUUUGGGAUGGGUCAGCAUUACAUGGAUACAAGUGCACCUCCGAUAUUUGCCUUAGAACUUGCAGAGGCCAUAGUUCACAUUCAAGUGAAGUGAGUGUAUGCAGGGGCCUGAGCCCCCAUCCCUGAGUCACCAGUGCGGACUUUCUCACACUUAUCUACCUGUGAAAUCCUUCAUACCUCUCAUAACUGGUCAAUGACUGUAUCAGCAAACUGCAUCAGGUGUUUUUUCUACAUGCUUUUUACACAGAUUAUAUGGAUAAUUGUAUUAGUAGAUUUUGGUGCAUAAUUUUUAAUGUAAUAGCUCCUAAGCUUGUAGGUCAAGUUGUUGUUUUUUUUCUCUCAUUUUUCUAGAUGACUGUUUUGUGUUAAUAUUGUCAGUUUGAAAUAGCUGUUAUUUGCUUAUUCUCUACUAAGAGUUCUUACCUAAUUUUUAAAUGCUACAUGACCCUAAUUGAGUAAAUGACUUAAUAACCAUUGUAAAUACAGUAUUGUGCAAACUCCAUUUUCAUUCAUUUCAAUUGCUAGUGUUAUAUAAAUGACUUUUUUGUCUAGACACCAUUUCUCUUUAUGAAAUAAAGAAACAUGCAUAUCA